GUGUGUGUCGAAAGGCAGAAAUAUGUCCGUUUGCCAGGUCUCUGUUUCUUUGCUUAUCUUCCUCGCUUCCGCUCUCCUCUUCCCGGCGCCGGCCUCCGCAAAGACACCGACUUCCUCCUCCUGAACCGAAGCGACUUCCCUCCGUCGCUACUUCCGACAGAACUGAGUCUUGGGUCGGCGGCAGUUCGGCGAGAAAUGGAGAGAAGGGCCGGGUUCUUCUCGUCCCUCAAGAGCGAGGUGGUGCGAGGCCUGUCGCCGGCGAGGUCGCGGCCCAGGGCCAAGAGCCUGUCGCCGCCGCCGCCGGCGAGGGCCGGGAGCGAGUCGCCCAAGUCGCGCUCCCCGUCCCACCGGAGCAGGAGGAGCCGCCGCGCGAGGCGGCGCCCCGAGGCGUGGGUCGCGAGGCACGCUGAGGCCCUGUCGCCCUUGGAGGAAGGGCCCGACCCGGACGGGGCGGAGGGUCUGGGUGCGAGGAUGGAAGGGCGGUGGGGCCAGUGGAUGAAGGGCCAGCGUCAGCACUCCGUGUCUUCGUCGUCGUCGUCGUCGUCUUCCGGCGGGCGCGAUAAGGGGUCGCAUCUGAGGUUGUUGCUCGGGGUGCUGGGCGCGCCGCUCGCGCCGGUGCACGUGAACGCCGGCGAGCCCCUGCCUUACCUAAGCGUCAAAGACACCCCCAUUGAAACUUCAUCCGCUCACUACAUACUGCAGCAGUAUGCAGCAGCAUCAGGGGCACAGAAGCUUCACUCUGCCAUUAAUAAUGCUUAUGCCAUGGGGAAAUUGAGGAUGAUAGCUUCCGAGUUUGAAACAGCGAACAAGGGUGCGAGGAGCAAGAAUUCCUGUAAAGCUGCAGAGUCGGGUCGGUUUGUACUUUGGCAAAUGAACCCAGACAUGUGGUAUGUGGAGCUUGCUCUUGGUGGUAGCAAAGUUCAUGCCGGCUGCAAUGGGAAGCUUGUGUGGAGGCACACCCCUUGGCUCGGUCCACAUGCUGCAAAAGGGCCUGUUAGACCCUUACGACGGGCACUUCAGGGCCUUGACCCAAAAACCACAGCAAGCAUGUUUGCGCACGCAAGAUGCGUAGGGGAGAAGAAAAUUAACGGAGAAGAUUGUUUUGUCCUCAAGCUUUGUGCAGAUCCAACUACUCUAAAGGCCAGGUGUGAGGGGCCAACCGAGAUUAUACGGCAUGUUCUCUUUGGCUAUUUCAGCCAGAAAACCGGGCUCCUUGUUCACUUGGAAGACUCGCACUUAACCCGUAUACAAAACAAUGGAGGUGAUCCAGUGUAUUGGGAGACCACAAUCAACUCGUUUCUUGAUGAUUACAGGCCUGUCGAGGGGAUCAUGAUUGCACAUUCUGGGCGUUCGGUGGCAACACUUUUCAGGUUUGGAGAAACAGCGAGAAGCCAAACUAAGACUCGGAUGGAGGAAGCUUGGACGAUUGAGGAGGUGGCUUUCAACGUUCCAGGCCUGUCUGUCGACUGCUUCAUCCCCCCUGCCGAGUUGAGAUUCGCUUCUCUUGACAAAACGUGCGAAUUACCUCGUGUUCCUUGGGUGAGGAACGUCGUGCCUGCUGCUCGUGCCAGGGUUGCCGCCCCAGAGAAGUCCAGUGAGCUGUGAGGGUCAGGCCCGAGAGAAACACUUUGUAGGAAGGAGAGUAAUUGAUGGCAGCGCUCAGAGCUGAUUAUAGUCAUGUACGUAAGAUUCUGGUAAUUGCUGACAAAUUUAGAAGGUGAGGCAUAUGGGAGUUUGGUCAUUAUUAGUAUGUACUCUAGUUUCCUUCAACUGUAAAUAGAAGGGUAGUUCAUAGCUUUUCCGGAGGACCCCAGGCUUCUUAAACUGGAGUAAGCAAGUUGCCAGGUUUGACCGACCGAAAAAAAAAAAAGUUGCCAGCUUUGAUGUUGUGCUACAUAUCAUCGAAUCUAGGCACUCACAACUGUGAAAACUGAUUCUUGCGAAUGGCAAUGGCGUGAGUUCCUGAA